AUGGCGUCAAUGCUUAGAGUCGCCGAUUCGGAUACCCCGCUGAUUUUCGAGGAUGAGUGGGCCAAGAUCCAUAAGAUUGUGUUAGCUUUGAUAACACAAGAGAGAGUUACCCAGUCAGAAUGGCAGGAUUUGUUUCUUGCUGUGUACAAAAUUCAUUCUUGGGUAGAUGAUGGAAAAAAGAAGCUCCAUGCUGCGAUCGACUAUAAUGUCAAGGAAUACGUAAGGAUGGCUAGAGAGCGUGGAGACCAGGCUCUACUCAGAGCCUAUAUAAACGAGUGGACCAAGUUUCAUCAACAAACUGCAAUCCUUCCGUUACCCUUCAUGGAGAUGCUUGAAACAUGGAAGAAAGUUGUUUUUCAACAUAUUAGUCUGAAACUUCUCUCAGCUGCCCUUCGUCUAGUUGAAGCAGAGCGGAAUGGCGAAGCUGUUGAUGCUCAUCUUGUUAUCGGAGUGCGAGAAAGUUGGGUAGCUCUCUACGACCAACGGGAUUGCUACUAUGAAGACGUUCUCGAGCAGUACCGAAAACAUUUUGAACGAGAAUUCGUUGAGGAAACCGUCGCCUACUACAAGAAGAGGGCCGCGCAGUAUCUGGCUGAGAACGGAGUAAUAAAUUAUAUGUCAUAUGCCGAUCGAAUGCUUGAGGAGGAGGAAGAGCGUGCAAAGAAGUAUCUGAAUCCUAAUCCUGAAAGUGUUGCAAGGUUGGUCGAGAGCUGUGUACAGGUUCUAGUUGUUGAGUUUGAGGACCAAAUUCUCGCAGAAUGCCCAUCCCUAAUCGCCAAAAACGAUGUUGAAAAAUUGCGAAUGUUAUACCGAUUAAUAAAAUGGACACCAUCCGGCAUAGAAGUUGUGAUUAAAGCAGUUGAUAAUCAUAUUCGUGGUGAGGGAAUAGACGACAUGAAGGAAAAUGCGCUGACAAUUACGACGGAUCCUGAAAAGUACAUAUCACAACUGCUAAGUAUGUUUGAUCGAUUCAGUACUCUUGUGAAAGAGGGUUUUUAUGACGAUGCUCGGUUGUUAACGGCGAGGGACAAGGCGUUCCGUGCUCUCGUCAAUGACACGACCAUUUUCAAAAUGGAGUUACCUUUAGGGAAAAAGAGUCGAAACACAGCUGUAGAAUCGAAAUGCCCAGAGUUGCUUGCCAACUACUGUGAUCUCCUGCUGCGGAAAACGCAGCUGAGUAAAAAGCUCACAUCAGAAGAGAUCGACGCGAAACUAAAUAAUCUGCUUCUUGUCUUAAAGUAUAUUGCCAAUAAGGAUGUGUUUAUGCGAUUUCACAAGGCUCAUCUUUCAAGACGGCUUAUUCUUGAUAUGAGCGCCGAUCAAGAGAAGGAAGAAGCCAUGGUUAACAAGCUUCGUGAAUGUGGCAUGCCUGCUGAACAUGUGAACAAACUUUUUCGGAUGCUGCAAGACAUCGAAGUUAAUAAAGAUCUCAAUUCAAACUUCAAAAAGUCGCUAGUUGGGACUAACAAUAAUAGGGCUUUGUCAGACCUCAUUAAUAUAAAGAUUCUUAACGGUGGUGCUUGGGGACGUGGUGGUGUCGGUGCGGAACGGGUUCGUGUGUCAUUGCCAAGGGAAUUGGAAGAGUUUGUUCCCGAAGUGGAAGCUUUCUACAAAAAGCAUCACAACGGCAGGAAACUGAAUUGGAUGCACCACUGGAGUAGUGGAACGAUUACAUUUGGUACUUCAUCUGGUGGCCGAUUCGAUUUGGAAUUGACUACAUUUCAAAUGGCCGUUCUGUUCUGUUGGAAUGACCGCUCCCAUGAGAAGAUUUCGUUCGAGUCGCUCCGUUUAGCGACGGAACUGCCUGACACGGAGCUGGCGAGGACCCUUUUCUCUUUGGUCGCGUAUCCGAAAAUGAAGUACCAACUUCUGCUAUGCGACGCUCCCACUCCUUUGAAUCCACGGGACUUCACUGAUUCAACGCUAUUCUAUAUUAAUCACGAUUUUCGUCUAAUCAAGAAUGGCAAGGAACAACAUCGCGGACGGAUCAAUUUAAUUGGCCGGUUGCAGUUGUCGAUGGAGUCGUCUGCCACAAAGGAGCAUGAGGACAUAGUGGCACUAAGGGAGCUGCGUGUUCAAGAAGCUGCAGUUAAAAUUAUGAAAAUGCGAAAGACUAUAACUUCGGCUCAACUUCAAACAGAACUUGUGGAAAUGCUCAAACCUAUGUUUAUUCCAAACCGAAAGUUGAUAAAGGAGCAAAUCGAUUGGCUAAUCGAUAAUCGUUUCAUUGAAAGAAAAGAUGACGAUAUCAAUACCUUUGUAUAUGUUUCAUAG